GGCGUACAGAAUUCGUCGAGCUCUCGUUUUGCAUGCUACGAGUGGAUCUGAACUGGACGUGGGAAGGCGAUCAUAGACCCGCGUCGGAGAUUGUGGAGUUGCUCGUCAUUCAGGCGUGGAGGACCAACGUGGCGGGAGAUCUUCUGGGAUUCAUCUUUGGAGCAGUGGAUCGGGGAAACCGAUUACAGAUCGUGCGCGAACUUACGAUCGUGAUCGCACGAUUGGCCGACGAACUCCCCCUCGACAUUGUCUCUCAGAGCGACGAAGAACCCGUGCCACAUACACUCUCAAGGACUCUCGCCCCGAGCCUCCAGUGGUCGGCUUGUAUCGAGGAGCGUUGGGCGGACGGCCGUUUUCCUUCCCGUAGCGAGUACCUGGACAUCCACAGCCUGACUAAUCCCCGCUUCUUUCGACAACCAACGACGUUUGAGUGGGCAACGCUGAGAGAAGAAGAGGAGGCCGAAGAGGAAUCGGAAGGAGAAUUGAGGAGAGAGGGCGGGGAAGCAGCGGCGCGAUUGGCCGAGGACGAGGAAGAAGAGUGCGAAGCAGAAGAAGAGCCGGCGGGAGAAGAAGAAGAAGAAGAAGUAGAAGAAGAAGAAGAAGAAGAAGAAGAAGAAGAAGAAGAAGAAGAAGAAGAAGAAGAGGAAGACGCAGAAGAGGAGACUUCGGAGGAAGAGAAAGAGGCCUAUAGUGAGUACAGCGAGGGCGAGCAAAGUGAGGAGGAGGAGGAAGACGACGAAGAAGUGAAAAGCGAGAACAACCAGGCGCGAACGCACGACGAGCUCGAGUGGGUGCCAGGACCGGAUCGGCGAGAGGAGAACCCAGAGGCUGCUGCGCAGCGCAACAAAGAAAUCGUGGAAGGAAAACGGUUGGCGUUUGAUCCCACACCGAACGAUCCUUUCAAGGAUCCCGAGCCGCCCAAGCCGGAACAUAGGGACCUUGCUGCCACGACCUCGGGAGCCGGUGUGAGGAAACCCGGGGAGGGGCACCUGUUCGCCGCUGAAGCCAAGGGCAACGGCGCCUAUCACUCGUCGUGCCCGCUUCAGAGGUCCUCAGCAGCGAGUAGAUGUGGUCGGGAACGAUUUGUCUAUUUCACCCCCACUAAAGAGUCCCUAAAAGGCUAAAACGUUUGCUUUUCUUUGCUUAAACUCAGCUCUUUCCUCGAUGAUUAGCUAGAUCAACAACGAAGCAAAAAUUGUCCUACUCAUGGACCUACGCAACAUUUACCACGAAGUUGAGUUCAACUCUUUUCCCAGUGAACAGUGAAAGUGCAUCAAUCUAAACAAGUCCAGUUAGUAGCGAGCCGCAAAAAUGACAGCGAAUCAGAAAGAGGCCCGGUUGGCUGAGAUCAGUGGAAGGGAAGCGACUCUGACAAGGCUCUUUUCGCCUGUGAUCAGUACGAGCUCCAGCAAGCUGAAAGAGCCCGGACUAACGAAGCGUGAGGCAAACAACCCCCCACCCUCGACUCUCGCUUGAACAAAUUUUAAACUCAAGC